GCAUUUUGCUGAUUAGAAAGUCGGUUAUAAAAGGAGUGUGCAUCGUGAUACACCUCCUAGAUAGAGUAUAGACAUAUCUAUCAACAUGAAGUUCUUUGCCGGAGUUUUUUUAUUCACUCUCUUAAGUUUGUCUGCUGCUGACAGACUUCUUAGAAUUCCUCUCAAGCACAUGAAACCUGUUAGACACAGGCUUCAUGAGGUUGGAACCCCAAUAGAAGUUGCUCUUCCUAGAAGACCUAUUUUUGGAAAAAGCCCUAUUCCAGAGCCGCUUUCUAAUUACUUAGAUGCUCAGUACUACGGCGAAAUUUUCAUUGGCACACCACCUCAAAAGUUCAAUGUAGUAUUUGACACUGGAUCGUCUAACUUAUGGGUGCCAUCUAAGAAGUGCAAGUGGACAAACAUCGCUUGUUUACUUCACAACAAAUACGACAGCAGCAAAUCUAGCACAUACAAACCCAAUGGAACCAGUUUGGAAAUCAAGUAUGGAAGCGGAAGCAUGACAGGGUUCUUGAGUACAGACACAGUUCAAAUUGGCGGAGUAAAGGUUCAAGAUCAAACAUUCGGUGAAGCAGUAACUGAACCCGGUCUGACUUUCGUUGCUGCAAAAUUUGAUGGAAUCCUCGGACUGGGCUUCAGUACGAUAGCUGUUGACCAAGUUGUGCCAGUAUUUGACAAUAUGCUCAAAGAGAAAGUGGUUGAAUCACCUGUUUUCUCCUUUUAUCUCAACAGGAAUCCCAGUGGAACACCUGGAGGCGAAAUUAUUUUUGGUGGCAGUGAUCCCAAGCACUACAAAGGUAACUUCACCUACGUUCCCGUAGACAAGAAGGGAUAUUGGCAGUUCCGUAUGGAUGGAGUGUCUCUUAAUGGUAAAACUGGUGUGUAUUGCGCUGGCGGUUGCGAAGCCAUUGCAGACACUGGCACUUCCCUAAUCGUCGGCCCUGUUUCUGAAAUUGAGAAACUCAACAACGAAAUUGGAGCUACACCUCUUACUCAGGGAGAAUAUGUCGUGGAUUGUAAACUCAUUCCGAAGCUUCCUAAAAUAACUUUUACCAUCUCCGGUAAGAAAUUUGAAUUGGAAGGAAAAGACUAUGUUAUUCAGGUUUCACAGUUAGGACAGACUAUUUGCCUCAGUGGAUUUAUGGGAUUAGAUGUACCAAAGCCUAUGGGACCAUUGUGGAUUUUGGGAGAUGUUUUCAUCGGUCGUUUCUACACAGAAUUUGAUUAUGGUAACGGUAAAGUAGGAUUUGCAAAUGCUGCUUAGUAACAGAAAGAAAAUUAAUCAUACACUGCCUUAUGAAAAGAAACUGUGAAUGAUCAGUUAUAGAAAAUAAUCCUUGCAAGACUGAUGUGUUUGUUUUUCUGUGAUAUAAGUAAAAUUAACCUGAAAUAAAACUUGUCUUUCAAAUCA